UGAAUCCUAGUUGUGUAUACAUUAUUUUGAAUCAUAAAAUUGGAUUUGAAAAGACCUUGUGUACUUAAAAAUAUAUAUAAAAUGGCCGAAAACACAAGGAAAGUACAUCAGAUGAUAGAUGACCUCUCCAAUGAAUUAAUUGGAUCCAGAACAUCUAAUCGACUUGCAAAUAUAAGUUUUCAUAGGAUUGAACAGGAGAUGAUGGACGCCAUGUUUUACAAAGGCUUGUUGCCUUUCCGCAUGUAUACAGUAGGAAGCGUGCACGAAGGCUUGUCUAAUGACACUUUAAGUGAUCGUGACGUAAUGGGGAUCGAGCCAACAUUUCCAAUGGUAUUGUGGGAAUCACCCAAAGAAGGACAAAAUCUCAAUGUGGGGUAUUUAUUGGCUGAGCAAAAUCCAAAUGAGCCGGCCUAUCUGAAGAUCAAAGCACCUGAAAAAUGUAAUUUGCUGAAGGACAUAAGAGAUAUCAUUGAUAAAGAUGGAUAUCUAAACAGCAACGAUUUUAAGAAUUUUAACCUUAUCAACUUAAAAACUGAUACUCAUGAUGAUUUUAAAAUACAAGGCCCCUCUUGCAUGUUUGAUUCUAAAGAUAAUGGGCAGAUGAUUCCUUUUGAUGUUGUAUACUGUUUGAAAUGUCAAUCUUGGCCACCUAUCACCAGUGAAUUUUUCACUAGAGAAAGGCCAACCAACUGGCCAUCGCAAGAACUGCUGGACAAGGUCUCCAGUCUUGAUUGUCUGGUAGUUGCUGUUGGACAUCCCAGUACUGGGUUGAAAGAUAUCGAAUGGAGAUGGUCUUUUUCAGUGGCCGAGAGAGAGUUAAUCCAUGAAAUGUACGCACCAUUUGCUAAAUGCAUGUAUGCCAUGAAAAUGCUGAAGAAAAAGUACAUUGUGUACAGUGAUUCUGACAAACCAACUCCUUUCUGUUCUUAUUUCAUAAAGACCGCUUGCUUUUGGAUGUGUGAAACAUUUCCACACACAAGUAACAUAAUGAAUUUGAUCAGGAAGACUCUUGAUUGGCUCAUUGAUUGCUAUCAAUGCAGGAAUCUGCCACAUUACUUUAUCCCACAGCAAAAUCUGAUAGGUCACCUAUCAAAGCAAAAAUGUGAUGGUGUAAGAGGAAAGCUAAUGGAGGUUAAAAAAGGUCUUUGGGGUAAAGUUAUGUCAUCGGAGUUCCCAAGAGAUGAACUCCAGCGCGAAGUUGUGAACGGCAUAUGUGAGAGCCUUAAUAUUACAACGGUCAAUGAAGAUGAUGAAUAUACUGUAUUGGAGGCACGUCUUUUGGAUCACCCAAUGACUUCAAGUGUGCUCAAAUUGAUUCUUCCUGUAUUACAUUCCCAAAUUGAGUUACUUGAAUACUAUCGUAUUAAAGUAAAGUUAGAAAAUGAUUUUUUUUCUCUGGAUAUGGCAAUAACACAACUUAUCGACACAGGAGCACAUCCAUCUGAGAUUCUUAAUCUUCCUCAAUUAAUAGUAAGUCCAAUCAUAGAGAAGAUCGAUACCAUUAUAGUACCGAAGAGAUUUGGGGGAGUAUUCAAGACUCGUUUGUUUAGAUAUCUAGGUGAUGUGUAUACUUAUCUUUUUAUACACUUGCGAAACAAACUUCCUCAUGACGAUAUGAUGUCCUACAAGGAUAAACACCUAGAAUUCUAUGAAUUAGGAGCUGAAAUGGUAUUCACAAGUCAAUGGAGUGACCACGGUGUAGGUGGCCUAAUUCAUGUGUUGAAAUACCAUUAUUUGUUGGGUAAUCACAAAGAACUAAAAGAAACGCUCAUAUCACUUGAACCCAAACUCGCUGAUCUUAAAAAGAAAUUAACUGAUUUUGAUCCAAUUAUCUGUAUGGAGGUAAGCACAGGCACAAGCUGGCAGCUGGGUGCCUGGGCCACUGACAAAUUGUUGCACCACCUCUUCGGGUGCUUUCAUCGAAAAACGUUUCAGCUUCAUCCCAUUGCUCUUGCUCUUUACAUAAAUGCUAGAGUAUCACUUAAUGAAGGGGACAUUGAGAAUGCAUCAAAUAUUGUAAAAGAGAUUAAAUGUCUGGAAAUUGAAAUAGAACUUAAGGAGACUCAAGAUAUUUUGAUAAAAAUCAUAGAAAGUCUAAUAGGCCUAUUGAUGGUAAUGAGAAUAAUAUACUUUUGAAGGACUUUUUAAGUAGUAAGUGCAUAUUGCAUACAAUUGCACAAACCAGGGAACAGUGAAAUUUCACUGUUCCCUGCACAAAUUAACAUUGGUAGUUUAUGAAUGAUAGUACAGUACCACAGAUUGAAACACCCUUCAAAAUAAAAAUGAUAAUAAACUGUCCAGGCAUCACAUUAUAAGGUGAAAUGCCUCUCUAGGCCCAUUCGCACAAAGAUUGUACCACGCUGAAAAUGUUAGCGUCACGCUAAAAAUGGGCUUUUAUUCAAAACGUUGGGCUGCAUGCAGUUCCACAAUGUUCGCAUGGGGAACAGUGUUUGUUGAACACGCGACGAGGCACCGCUUCAAUGCAACCCCAACUGCAGAAUCGCCUGUGCGUGCAAGUAGGUAAACGUGAACUCAUUGAGGUCCCUAGUCGGCUAGAAGAUGUGGCUUAUUUUUAUGGUCAAUAAAGUUGUAAUGAGA